AUGUCGCAAGCAAGUACACGCAAUGAUAUUAACUGGACUGCUAAUAAAGUACGAUCUACUUUUAUUUCAUACUUUGAGUCAAAAGGCCAUAAACACACCCCUUCCUCUUCAACUAUUCCUUUCGACGACCCUACCUUAUUAUUUGCUAAUGCAGGAAUGAAUCAAUUCAAGUCAAUAUUUUUGGCCACUAUUGAUCCAAAUUCAGAAUUUGGUAAACUGAAAAGAGCGGUUAAUAGUCAAAAAUGUAUUCGUGCAGGUGGUAAGCAUAAUGAUUUAGAAGAUGUUGGAAAAGAUGUCUACCAUCAUACAUUUUUCGAAAUGUUGGGAAAUUGGUCAUUCGGAGAUUAUUUUAAGAAAGAGGCUAUUACCAUGGCAUGGGAACUUUUAAUCAAAGUAUAUGGACUUCCAAAAGAUCGUCUUUAUGUAACCUAUUUUGAAGGUGAUGAAAAAUUAGGUUUACCUGCUGAUUUAGAAGCAAAGCAAUUUUGGCUGGAUGUUGGAAUCGAGGAAGGGAGAUUGAUUCGUGGAAACUCCAAGGAUAAUUUUUGGGAGAUGGGCGAAAUUGGACCUUGUGGGCCAUGUUCUGAAAUUCAUUUUGAUCGUAUUGGUGGUCGUGACGCAUCUCAUUUGGUUAAUAAGGAUGAUCCUAGUGUACUAGAAAUUUGGAAUCUAGUAUUUAUUCAAUUUAACCGCGAAUCAGAUGGAUUACUUCGUUCAUUACCUAGUAAACAUGUUGAUACUGGAAUGGGAUUGGAACGUGUCGUUUCAUGUUUACAAAAUAAAUUUUCAAACUACGAUACAGACAUAUUUUCACCUUUAUUUAAUAAAAUACAAGAGUUAACUGGAGCUAGACCUUAUUCAGGUAAACUAGGAGCAGAUGACACGGAUGGUUUGGAUAUGGCAUAUCGCGUAAUUGCAGAUCACGUGAGGACUUUGACUUUUGCUAUUACCGAUGGUGGUGUACCGAGCAAUGAGGGUCGUGGUUACGUUUUAAGGCGAAUUUUGAGACGUGGUGCACGUUAUGCUCGAAAAAAAUUUAAUGUACAAAUUGGUCAUUUCUUUUCCAGUUUAGUUGACACGGUUGUUAAUGAAAUGGGAGUAGCUUUCCCUGAGAUAACGCAGCGCGUCACUGAUGUUAAAGAAAUUCUUGAUGAAGAGGAAGAAUCAUUUUCUCGAACUUUAGAUCGUGGAGAAAAACUCUUUGAUACAUAUCUCCAAAAAGCUAAGCAAGCCAAUGCAGGAUUGCUUCCUGGAACUGAUGUAUGGCGAUUAUAUGAUACAUAUGGAUUCCCAGUUGAUUUGACACGCCUUAUGGCCGAAGAAAACGGACUUGGAGUUGAUGAUCAGGAAUUCAUAAGAGAACAAGAAAGGGCCAAGGCACUAAGUCGUAACGCUCGUUCUUCUGGUGGUAAUGAUCAAGUAGUUGUCGCAUUGGACAUGCAUGACCUCGCAAAAAUUGAAGUGGAGAAAAUAAUUUCAACAACUGAUGAUUCUUUCAAAUACCAAAGCGGCAAUAUAAAUGCUACGAUUAAGGCGAUAUACUAUAAUCAUACAUUCCUUCAAUCUUCUAACGAUAUACCUUCCGAUAAAAGUUUUGGUAUUCUUCUUGAUCGUACAAAUUUCUAUGCUGAACAAGGAGGUCAAACAUACGACACUGGUUCUAUUACUAUAGACGGACAGGCUGAAUUUGUCGUUGAAAAUGUGCAAGUUUUUGGUGGUUAUGUCUUGCACAUUGGUUAUUUAAAAUAUGGAAACUUAAAUGUUGAUAAUGAAAUUGUUGCCACUUAUGAUGAAUUACGACGAUGGCCGUUGAGAAAUAAUCACACAGCUACACAUAUUCUCAACUAUGCGUUACGUGAAGUUUUGGGUAAUUCUAUUGAUCAAAAAGGAUCUCUUGUUGCACCAGAAAAAUUAAGAUUUGAUUUUUCAUUUAAAAAAGGUGUUGCGAAUAAUGAACUUUCUAAAAUUGAAUCAAUUUCAAACGAAUUUAUAAAAAAAAAUCACAAGGUAUAUUCUAAAGACCUUCCAUUACCAACUGCUAAAGCAAUACAUGGACUUCGUGCUGUUUUUGGUGAAGUUUAUCCAGAUCCUGUAAGGGUUGUUUCUAUUGGAUACGACGUAAAAGAUAUAGUGACUGAUGUUUCUAAUCCUAAAUGGGGAGAAACUUCAAUAGAAUUUUGUGGUGGAACACAUGUCGCGAAAACAGGUGAUAUCAAAUACUUUAUUAUCCUGGAAGAAUCAGGUAUCGCCAAAGGUAUUCGCAGGAUCGUUGCUGUCACGGGAGAAGAGGCACAACAGGCUCAAAGAAUUGCUGACGAUAUUUCAGCUCUUAAAAAAGCGGAAUUUCGUGAAAAAAUACAAAGUCUCAAGAAAGCUUUCAUAGAAGCUGAUAAAGCAGAGAAAGCUGCUCGAACAAAAGAGGCAAUAGACGCGAUAAAUACUUAUUUUGAACAAAAUCCAGAUUAUCCUUAUCUAAUUCAAAAGCUGGACGUUGGAUCCAAUACAAAAGCUAUUGCAAAUGCUAUUGCUCAUGUUAAAACUAAUUUAAAAGAUAAAGCUUUAUAUAUUUUUUCGGUUGAUGAAAGUUCUGGUAGAAUCACUCAUUCUUGUUGUGUAGGUAAGCCUUUAACUGAAAAGGGGCUAAAGGCUAGUGAAUGGGCCAAGACUGUUUCAGAAACUGUCGGAGGAAAGCGACUAAAUAUUCAAUGUUACUAG